CGACGGACUUCGGAGUGGAGUACUGGAGUGAACAGUGAACUUUGUGGAGAUGGAAGAACGGAAUAGACUGAAUAGUGAUAACAGUGAUAACACGAUUCCAACGAUUCUGUAAUCUAGAAUAGAGGAGCCCUCACCGCUCUCAGCCCUAUCGAGCUCGUUUUUCGAGACGGCGCGUUAGAAUCUUGCUGCAUAUUCGGUACUCCAUUUUCGAGUUGCCUCGCUCGGGUGUAAAAUCAUUACAAAUAUGUGACGUACCAUAACGCGGUGCUUGUAAAAACGUUACAAAAUGGAAAGAAUACUCGAAGAGCGUCUGAGGGAAAGGGUUUGCCUCGGCGACGCGGAUGGCGUGCACGAUCUCUUGAAUGUAGGCGUCGACGUAAACGCGCGAGAUGGCAGCGGAUGGACCGCUCUACACUGGGCGUGUAAAGAGGGAUACUUGGAUAUUGUUGCCUUGCUCUUGAAAAAUGGUGCCGAUAAAAAUCUGCGAUCCGAUAUGGGCGACACUCCAGCGUCUGUCUGCAGCAACCAACAGAUUUUGUAUCUUCUAAGCGAUGAUUUCAUGUAUGAUUCGUCGUUACGCGCAGUUACAUUCCCUGCACCAGAUUUUCUGCGCGCUCCUGCAAACUCUUCAAAAGUUAGAAAUAAUAUAUACGACAAAAGCAGACUCGUCACGUCAUUUCAAGACGAAUUGGUACUGAAAAUCCGGGUCGCCAAUACAGCGGAUCCAGAUUUCAUAGAGGUGGAAUUACCGCGAAGCGAGUUGACAUAUCAGGCUCUGUUGUGUCUAUGCUGCAAGGAGUUGGAUCUCAAUUUGCAUCAAAUCCAGAAGCUACGAAAGUUGCCCGAUACCAGAUUGAGAAGAGACAAGGACAUUCAGAGACUCCAGAACUUCCAAGAAAUCGAGGUGGUCGUAGACACGACAAAUGUGUACAAGAGCAUGCAAAAUGCUAACGGUGUCGCCAACAGUUUGCCAACGUUGCCAGCUAAUGGAUAUCAGAGUAUAUCUAAGAAGGAUCAGACCAUUUUGUAUUGAUUGAUCACUUGCAUUAGUAGGAAAACCUUUGUCACAAUUUCAAAUAUUUGCACGCAAUCUAGUAUAUUAAUAAAAAAGAAACUAUUUGUUAAGCAAUAUAAA